AUGUUCGCAUGUAAAGAGACCUGGUCAAAAGACGAUUUCUCGCGUUGCUUCGAGCAAGAUUACCUGCAGACACUCUCUCCACUCAUCACUUGUGGCUUCUCACUUCUAUACCUACUUUAUCAGACCGGCAGGACUCUUGCGCGAAGGCACAAAAUCGAUGGAUAUACACUCGUCGAUAACGAUGACUCAAAUACCAGGCGAUUGGAGGAAGAGGACGGAGACGAGGACGACGAGGAUGAUAGCGAAGACGAGCUGCAGCAGAAUGUCGACAUGGCGUUGCGGACAACCAAAAGUCAGGCAGACAUGUCGGUGAUACAAGUGGACAAGCCACGUGGCGAGGUACUGGUGGCUGUGGUAGAAGCAUUGGCAGUGUACGCUGCGGUCGGCAUACAGAUCGCAGCACUCCUGCUGCAUGGAUGGGGUAGGAAGUCUACUAUCGCAGCAAUUGCGGGUGUAGCAGUGUGGGCCUAUAUCGCGGUCUUGACGUCGCUACGGCUCUUAUUCAGCUCAACCUUUCGGUUCUCGUUCCCAAAGCUGUGGUAUCAUACAGCAUUCCUAUACGGCUUUCAAUGGUUCUUCACAGUUCUGGUCUUCCGGACGCAGGUCAUCCAUCCUCGAUCACACCUGACCCUCGUUCUGGCAAGUGUGAAGUUCGCGCUGGUUACACUGCUCACAGGGAUUUCCUUGACAUCAAGAAAAGGCAAUCGGACGGUUCAGCUGGAAUACGAAGACGACAUUCAACCAUCACGAGAACCAUUGGCAAGCGUACUAUCUCUUGCCACUUUCUCAUGGCUUGAUUCAAUAGUAUGGAACGGUUACAGGAAGACGACAGAAAUGUCGGAUGUCUGGAACCUAAGUCCGAAGGAUAAAGCUGCUGCCAUCUUGGCCGAUUACAGGCAGCUGAAGAAGACCUCUAUUUUGGCAUUUCACCUACUUCGAUAUUUCAAGCGAGGACUCCUUGUUCAGGGCGCUUGGGCUGUCAUAUCUGGACUGAUCACUUUCGUUCCAACACUGCUACUAAAGGUCAUCUUGCAGUACGUGGAAGACCCUUCUCAGACGCCACGCAAUGCUGCGUGGUUUUAUGUUAUCCUUCUAUUCGUGUCCGGCGUGGUCAACGCUCUGUCCGCAAAUCAAGCACUCUGGGUCGGCAGGAAGAUCUGUAUUCGCCUCCGAGCCAUCAUCAUUGGCGAAAUCUAUGCCAAGGCAUUACGUCGAAGAGCUGCAGCAAGCACGGAUAAGGUACUUGGUCAAGACAAGAAAGACGAUGGUCUAGAACCGAAGCUGGGCUUUCUUCAGAAGGUCAUGUUCUUCAGCCGCAAGAAGAAGUCGGCCGACAAGAAGCCGGCCGACUCUGCAGCGAAAGCGCCGCUGGACGACUCGCAGGUCACGUCUGGCGCGAUCAUCAACCUUAUGGCUGUCGACUCGUUCAAAGUCGCUGAGAUUAGCGCUUAUUUGCAUUUCCUGUGGGCAGAGACACCCGUGCAAUUCAUCUUGGCGAUUGUUCUACUGUACAAGUUCCUUGGCAAGAGUAGUAUCAUUGGCAUCGGCAUGAUGGCACUACUUCUACCUGUGAAUAUGAUCAUCGCGAAGCGCUUUUCUACCGUACAGAAGCGAAUCCUAGCAGCUACUGACGCUCGAAUCCACACGACAAAUGAGGUUCUCACCAACAUCCGCAUCAUCAAAUACUUUGCAUGGGAGCAGCGCUUCCUUGGUACUGUAGACGAGAAGCGAGUCGUGGAGCUGAAGUCCCUGCGCGAUCGCUAUAUCAUCUGGGCCAUCGCAGCAACCAUCUGGUCUGGUGCGCCCGUCCUUAUCACAUUUUUGACAUUCGCCUUUUACACCAUGGUGGAGAAGAAGGAUCUGAUACCGUCGGUCGCAUUCACCGCCUUGUCGCUGUUUAGUCUACUGCGCAUACCGUUGGAUCAGUUGGCCGAUAUGGUAGCACACGUGCAGGAGUCCAAGGUGUCUGUCGAUCGGGUGGAGGAGUAUUUGAACGAACCGGAAACAGAUAAAUACAAUCAACUCCAUGACAAACAGCUGGAUGAGCAGGGUGAGCAGAUGAUCGGUUUCGACAAUGGCACUUUCAGCUGGGGCAACAGCGAUUCGGAAGAGUUCAAGAUGAUCGACCUUGACAUGCGAUUCAAGAUAGGCCAGCUCAAUGUCAUAAUCGGGCCAACAGGAAGUGGAAAGACUUCUCUCUUGAUGGCUUUGCUUGGCGAGAUGACACUAAUCAAUGGUACCGUCUAUCUGCCAGGUGGCCGGAGCAGGGAAGAUCUCAAGGCAGAUACGGAGACAGGGCUCACCGAAAGUGUGGCGUACUGCGCCCAGCAAGCUUGGCUGGUAAACGGUACCAUCAAGGAGAACAUCGUCUUCGCCAGCAAAUGGGACGCGAAGCGGUACAAGAACGUUAUCAUUGCAUGCUCUUUGCAGCGCGACCUGGAGAUCCUGGACGGUGGCGAUCAGACACUGGUCGGUGAGAAGGGCGUCACACUAUCUGGCGGUCAGAAACAGCGUAUCAGUCUGGCUCGUGCGCUCUACUGUAAUGCGCGGCACGUACUUCUCGAUGAUGUGCUGAGCGCGGUAGACUCGCAUACAGCGAAAUGGAUCUUCGAUAAAGCACUGAUGGGUCCGCUCAUGUACAACCGUACAUGCAUUCUGGUCACUCACAACGUGGUAUUAUGUCUGCCACCUGCAGAGUAUGCUGUGGUACUGGAGAACGGCCGCGUGACAACACAAGGUACUCCUGCAGCGGUCAUCGCGAGUGGAUUCAUCAACGAGGAUGUCAGCAAGCUCGAAUCGAUGACAGCUUCGCGUAAUGUGUCUACGCUGCCAUCGAGAGUACCUUCUGGCAUCGGCGGAGAGCAUCCCAUAUCGGAGAACAUCGAAGGCAACGGCCACCUCGAACCACCUAAGCUCGACACCACCGCCGCAAAUGGUCUCCCUAAUGGUGAUCCACUGACUAGGGCGGUGUCGAAGGACAUCCCAGGCAUGAACCAAACAGUCGAUAUACAACAGGAGUCGAAGGCAGAAGGUGCGGUUAAGCUGCAGGUCAUCUUCCAGUACCUCCAUAAUAUGGGAGGCUGGGCCUAUUGGCUCAUUGCUGCGCUGUGCUUCAUCGCCCAACAGAUCUCGCAAGUGACCACGACUGUAUGGAUUCGUGAGUGGUCGAAUGCUUAUACACGCCAUGAAGCCAUUAGCACAGUCGACGCGCAUCGGUCUUCACCCAUAACUCAUGUCUACGGAGGCAUCGGAUCGUCGGCCAGCUGUCUCAGGAGCGGCAGCUGUAUUUGGAGCAUGUCAUCCUGGGCGCAAACAGGUAUGAAGGUCAACAUGCUGGGGUCCGAAGUUGAUGCCGGAUACUACCUAGGCGUGUACGCCUUGCUUGGUGGCGGCUAUAUGAUCAUCACUCUGGUCAGAGAAGGUGUAUUGUUUGGUGGCUCUCUGAACGCCUCCAAACGCAUUCAUCGUAACCUGAUGGUAUCAGUCACGCACGCCAAGUUCCGCUUCUUCGACUCUACACCUCUUGGUCAGAUCAUGAACCGCUUCUCGAAGGACAUCGAAGCUGUCGACCAGGAAGUUGCGCCUGUCGCCGUGGGUGUGGUGCACUGUCUAGCAUCGAUCAUUACUGUUGUGGUGCUCAUCUCAGUCAUCACUCCUGUCUUCCUGAUUGCGGCCUUUUUCAUCAGCAUACUGUACUUUCUCAUUGGCGCCUUUUACAUCAACUCCUCCCGCGACCUGAAGCGUCUCGAGUCGACGCAACGCAGUCCUCUAUAUCAACAAUUCGGCGAGUCACUUUCAGGCAUGACUACAAUCCGAGCAUACGGCGACGAACGACGCUUCAUCAGGGAGAACUUACAGCGGGUGAACACGCAUUCUAGACCGUUUAUCUAUCUCUGGGGCGUCAACCGAUGGCUUGCGUUCCGAGUUGAUGUGGUUGGUGCGCUCGUCGCCUUCUUUACCGGCGUCUUCGUGGUGCUCAGCGUGGGCACUGUGGAUGCUGGUGCCGCUGGUCUUGCUAUGACUUACGCUGUCACUUUCACGGAGAAUGUGUUGUGGUUCGUACGAUUAUAUGCAGCCAACGAGCAGAACAUGAAUUCAGUCGAGCGCAUCAAGGAGUACCUUGAUGUGGACCAAGAAGCGCCACCUGUCAUUCCUGAGCAUCGACCAGAUGCAAAUUGGCCAAGCAAAGGAUCCGUUGAGUUUGUGGAGUACAGCACACGGUAUCGAAGCGACUUUGACUUUGUGCUCAAGCGCAUCAGCUUCAAGAUUCUGCCAGGUGAGAAGGUCGGUGUAGUAGGCAGGACUGGUGCAGGCAAGAGCUCACUGGCUCUGGCGCUCUUCCGAGCUCUUGAAGCAGAGGAAGGACGAAUCCUUGUGGACGAUCUCGACAUCAGCAGCAUUGGUCUGCAGGACCUUCGUGAGAACAUCGUCAUGGUUCCACAAGAUCCGACACUGUUCACAGGCACUAUCCGUAGCAACCUCGAUCCUUUCGGCUUAUUCACGGAUGAGGACAUCUAUACCGCAUUACGAGGGGUGCAAUUGAUUGGUGCAGCCUCCGCGACAGGUUCUGCUGCACCCUCAAGACCACAAACACCAGCAAAUCUGGGCAAGGGAUCUGCACCAAACACGCCAACCAAGAAGCAGGCCACUGAUGCGAAGUCCCUUCUGCCCCAGAUCAAGGAGCCAGACACGCCCACAGACUCCACGGCCGCCGCAUUUGAGAACAAGAAUAUCUUCCGCAAUCUUGCUGCACCUGUCGCCGAGUCUGGCAGCAACCUUUCGCAAGGCCAACGCCAACUCCUCUGUCUCGCCCGCGCCAUGCUCAAAGCUCCCAAAGUCCUGCUCAUGGACGAGGCCACCGCCUCUAUCGAUUACGCCACGGAUGCCAAGAUCCAAGAAACCAUUCGCGAGAUCAAGAACACUACCAUCACAAUCGCGCACAGGCUACAGACUAUAAUCGACUAUGACAAGGUGCUUGUGCUCGAUAAAGGUGAAGUGAUUGAAUAUGGCGAUCCGUACGAGUUGAUACAGAAGGAGAGGGGCAUCUUCAGCGGCAUGUGUGAGAUGAGUGGGGAUAUGGAGGUGCUGCAGAAGAUGGCGAAGGAGGCUAGCGAUAGCAAGAAGCUGGUUGAUGACAGCUAG